CUUAGUAAUCUCUGGACUCCCUGAGAGCAGACAUGGCUUGUUUUUGUCUGCUGGUUCUUAGCUUGUUCUCCCUGUGUGGCGCUGAAGUCAAAGCUGAAGAAAAUGCAGUUGAAGGCCUGCCACCAUUUUGUGGCUCAUAUGAGUGCCCCAGAUAUCAAGUACUGAAGAAAUACAAUACGUUUGAGGUUAGAAGAUAUGAUUCCACCUUUUGGGUAACCACAUACCUGAACUCGGGAUCCAUGGGCCUAGGAACAAUGAAGUCCUUUAGGCGCCUUUUUAAAUACAUAAGUGGAGAGAAUUCACAAGGUAUAUCUAUAAAAAUGAAUGUACCUGUUCGUAUCACUGUGCCAUUGCUUGACACCAACGUUAAUUCCACCAUGUCUCUCUUCUUGCCAUCCGCAUUGAUGAGUCCCCCCACACCUAAUGAUCCUUCCAUUGUUUUGGAAAGCUUUCCUCCAACAUCUUAUUAUGUCAGGUCUUUUGGUGGCUAUGCAAUGACGUCUGACUAUGAAAAAAACUCUAAGGCUCUCUCUGAAGAGCUCACCGCCCUCGGUCUAGCCUAUGAUACACAGACUGGAAUGGCAGCAGCCUACAAUGACCCCCUGACAUUUUUUGGCCGUCACAAUGAAGUCUGGUUCAGGUCCCUAAACUAGUAAUUCAGGAGGAAAAAAAAUGUCUUCCGUUUAUGUAUUGUCUAGGACCGAUUAAUAUGG